AUGUCCGGAAUUCAUGAAUAUUUUAAGCGAACCUUUUCGGAAUGGAUUAUUGAGGACUUCCUUAAUAAGUGCGAUAUAAAACAAUUUGAUAUCAAAAUAGAUCGUUACCUCAAAUCUCUUGAUAUUAUCGCAGACUACGUAACAGGCAAAAGGAAAGAGAGAACAAAUCUGUUCCUAAACAAGUAUAGAAAGGAAGACGAUCGAACUGAUUAUCAAAUUGCAAGAAAAUGGAGAAAUAAUCACGACCCAACCGGUGGAUCCUCGUUUCACCUUCAUAAUCCUACCUUUACAAGGAACCCUCUGAUGGGCAACUCUGGCAGUAUUAGCGAGAAGAAUAUAUCUACACUAUAUACAUCAUAUCGCUUAAAAGCAUGGCAAAUGGCGCGAGAAUCAGGUUUAUCUAUCGAAACAGACUACCGUGAGAUAUUAACGAAAAAUAUUUCUGUUAAGCCAUUGGAAGACCUUCUCAGUGAGGGCACUCUGACUGCCAACAUAAUUAGUCCAGUAUUGCGCUCUUUCUUUCACGAUGCUUCAAUACAUCCGACCAUUUGGCACAACACUGCCAGUAUGAGUAGUAAAAUCCAUAAACUUGCCGAUCUAGAUCCCUCACGAGUAAAGCAACCAGACAUGAUUGGAAAUAACAACAAAUCCAAAUACGAAAUUAUGUUUGCCAGUGACAUUUGUUGUGAAUCCCAGGAAAAAUAUGAGAAUGAAGUGCAAAGGCUUCGUAAUUAUAUUAACAAAAAGAAGGAAAAUGGUAAUGUUCCUGUAGAAAUCAUAAAUAGGUUGAAAGCUACAUUGAGAAUACCGCAGUUUAAAAAAAUAGUUAAACGUAAAUAA